GCUCAGGGGGCGUCGGUUGAAAUCGAAGUUAGUCUAAGCGGAGCGUCGACUGACUGUGUGACUGUGACCGUUCGUUUUGUAUACACUGACAAUAUCUGCCCUAUUUAAAAGUGUAGUGAUGCUACGUUAUUUAGAUCUCUGCUACCGCGAGAUGAAUGGAGCUCAUUUUGGAUUUUUUAUAUCGUAGACCAGUUGCAGUUGAUUCGUCAGUGACGACAAGUACUCCGAGCAUUCCCGACUCGCGAAGUUGUUUGAAAGAGAUGGACCACGACAUAGGAGAUGAAAGUCGGUAGAGAGAGAGAGCCACCGCCCCAACAACAUAAUACUAUUCAAAAUGCAAAUAUCAACCCGAAUGUAUCUGAUCUUAUUCCUGCAACUUAUCAAAGAAGCGGUCGGCUGUCCAACAUACUGCGCUUGCAUCUGGAAAAACGGAAAACAAACAGUUGAAUGUAAAAAGAAAAAUCUUUUAGAAAUUCCAGAAGGUCUGGAUCCCUCGACGCAAGUUUUAGACUUCUCCGGAAAUAAAAUAGGAAGUCUUUAUAAAGACAUGUUUCAUAAAAAGCAGCUGGUCAAUCUGCAGCGUCUUUUUUUAUCGAAUUCUUUAAUAAAAUCAGUCGAUAAAAGCGCGUUCGAAGGCUUGACGAAUUUAGUAGAACUGGAUUUAUCAAGUAAUUUAAUAGAUACAAUUCCAAGUGAAGCAUUUAUACGAUGUCCUUCUCUAAUGAAAUUGACUCUAACAUCGAACCCCAUUACAGCCCUUAAGAAAAGAAGUUUUGAGCACUUAACGCAACUCAAUACUCUCGAGCUCAGUGACUGUAAUAUAUCCGAAAUAGAAGAAGGAGCUUUUCAAGGGCUUCACAGUUUGGAGUGGUUACAUUUACGAGGUAACCGUUUAAAAACAAUAGCGGGUCGUAGGACGCUUCCUGAAUAUGUAAAAGGAAUCGAAUUGGAGAAAAAUUCUUGGGAAUGCGACUGCCAUAUUCAGGAUCUCGCGCGGUGGUUAAAGGACUUUAAGAGUUUACUUUCCGUGGAGCCUGUCUGUCAGGGGCCCUCGCGUCUAGCAAGUCGCUCUAUUCGAUCGAUACCGAUCGCUGAGCUCGCUUGUCUUCCAACUAUCACGCCUACUUCGUUUUAUUUGGAAUUGGGAGAAGGAAAGAACGUUUCGCUGACGUGUCACAUACACGCGAUACCGGAAGCCACUGUGUCGUGGUGGUUUCAAGGAGAGAUGCUGCAGAACGACACCAUGGUAGCACCAGGAAUUCACUUGAUAUAUUACGUCGAGGAAGGCACUGAAAACAAACGGAGCGAACUAUUUAUUUACAACGCCAAUGCUGAUGAUAAUGGGACUUUUAUUUGUAACGCCGAAAAUACUGCAGGAUCAUCCCAAGCCAAUUUCACCAUCAGGAUUAUCCUUAAGGAAAAUCCCAUUGUAAUAGAAGUGUUGUUUCCUUUCGAAUAUAUUUUGAUAGCCAUCGUUGGUAUUGCUGUGUUGGGUAUAUCUGUGUUAUUAGCCUUGAUAGCAUUAAUAAUUAAGUGUCGACGGAAUAAUAAACGGCGGAAAAAGUUAAGUCAGACUGAUGAGAUGGUUAUGCAGUACCAGCAGAACGGAAACAAGCUCGGAGAUGGAGUCAAGAGUUUGUCAAAUUCUCUUAAGCAAAUAAACACUUCGAACCAAAACGAUGAGUUGACAAAUUUCGAGACCCAGUCAUGCGAGCUGAUGUCUAGCAGCACCCUCUCCCCUGUUCGAGAUACUCGAGAAAUUAGAAGCCCUGAUUCCCUCCAGGCCAUGCAACUUAAACAGAAUCCUGAUAUAAUUAAUGGUUGCCGAAGGGAAGGAGAUGGUGAAGAUCAUCAAAAAAUGGAAAUGUAUGCAAAUGAAUUCCCUCAACCACUUCAAAUCCCAAUUGCGAGGCUACGAGAAAGCACAGAAUUCCUUGAUGGUGGACGAUGCAUUAUCGAUUCGGAGGGUUACCCCAUCGACUACGGCCUUCCAAAAAUCCCCUGUCGAACGGUGCCGAACCAAUUCGCCGCUGAAGCGUAUUACAGGACGUUGCCGUCCAAUCGGUUGAAGAGACACUCCGCUGCGAAUCCAUUUCGCAGGAUCUCUAGAGAGGCGGAAUUCCUCUCAAGGAGUGUUGAUUCUCCAUAUGAUAAUUCAGUGGAUGUUCGAUAUACUGCCGAUGGAUAUCCAGCAAGGAUCCAGCAAGCACCUAUUCCAGGAUCUCAGUACCCUAUAGAGAGCGUAAUGGACUCCAUAUCGCCUUCAUCCCUUCCCUACUGUACAGUGGCGUGGCCGACGUGCGUCCCGGCGAACAUUCACAUCAUAAACUCUAACGUGAAUCCUAGUUUAAAUCCGAAUUUAAACCCGAACUUAAACCCCAGUUUAAACGUUGCUUAUCAACAGUGUUUAUCAAGACGUAGUGCUAGUGCUCAAACGGACAACGAUAGCGGAGAGUGCGCAGAACAACAGUUUUUAAGUGGAUCUCGUGUAAAUAUUAAUAACGCUAGUAAUAAUAGUAAUAAUAAUAAUAGUGAACCUGCUGUGAGUUCUGGACAAAAUGACACGAUGAGUGAACUGUUGACGGAGAGUCCAGAUGAAGGAUAUGAAGGGGAACCUUCUGUUGUAUAAAAGGGUUAACUUGGAAUAGAGUUUUACAAUACUUAAGAAAAAUUUUAAAAAUUAAACAAUUUUCACAAGAAAACUUAAAAUUAUGAAACUAAUUUUAUAUUAAUUUGACGUUAGUAUUUUUCAAAAGUUGAAAAUUUAAAAAUUAAAAAAGCUUAAAGCUUUAAGUGUCUGCAACAAAUAUCUUAAAAAUGUUUGAUUAUUUUGUAAGGGACAACAAAUUUUUAUUUUUUUAAGUAAUGAAAUAAAAGAGGUUCUCACACACAGUUUAUUUACAUCGGGCGAUGGUGCACAGCAUCAUCAGGUCCCGGUAAAAGUAAAUUAUAUUAUGCCUACACUAUCAUACUUUUGUUCAGUCAUUGCUAAAAAGGGGGAUGGUGGCUAGGAAGGAUUUAACUGCAUCAACUACUAAGUUAGCUGGAUCUUGAGGGGAAGGUGAUAAUUAGAACUAACACGACAAUUAACCAAAGGUAUUGUUUGUUUUAUAUAAUAAAUGUGAUAUUUAAUUAUUUAUUUAUUUAGAUCGACGUGAUUUAUAUUUAAUAAAAAUAGAAAAUAUA